CCAUUAUAAAAAUAAUAAAGAAAAAAGGCUAGAGAGAGAAAGAGAGAGGAGAGAGAGAGAAGGAAGAAGAGAAAUACAUCGGCCGCCUGACCUCUUUUCUUCUACCGUCUCUCUCAUCGCCACCAUUUUUCCUCUCUUUCUUUAACAUUCCUUCUUCUUCUUCUUCUUUCAACCCUAAUUCUCUUCUUCCCUUCAAUUUGUUUGUUUCUCCUUCAAAUCCCAUCUUCUUCGAUUACCUCUUCUCUCCAUUAUUAUUUGUUUUUCUCAUCUUUCAAGACCAUUUCCCCCUUUUUAUAUUCAUUUCUUCGGUCAAUGUAGCCUCUUUUCCUAAUCAAACUAGGGUUUCAAUUCCCCGUCUCCGGUUUGAGUAUGUAGUUCCAACAGGAUCUUCUUCUUUUGACUACCUUUGAUUUCAAACAACUCUCUUUUUUGUUUCUUUUUCGUGUAUCGUUCUGUCAGUAUCAUCGUUUAUUGUAAUAAUCCAAGCCGACUUUCUUGUUCUUCAAUUUGAUUUGUUAAGUGGGUCUUCGAGAAGAACUCGAUUGUUGUAAUCUGCUGAAGUCGUCGGAAGUGGAAUUACGUUACCCUGCCGAAAAAAAAAGGAUCAUACUAUUGUAGACGACGAUUGGAGGCAAUUCUGGGUGGUGGUUGUUGUUGUUGUUGCAUUUGAGCUUUUGGGUUGACUUUGAUUUGAUUAAAGAAUUGGAUCAUGGACCAUGUGAUUGCGGGGAAGUUCAAGCUCGGAAGGAAGAUUGGGAGUGGGUCUUUUGGAGAGCUUUAUUUAGCUGUUAAUGUGCAAACUGGGGAGGAGGUUGCUGUCAAACUAGAACCUGUGAAAACCAAGCAUCCUCAGCUUCAUUAUGAGUCCAAAUUGUAUAUGCUUCUUCAAGGAGGAACGGGAAUCCCCCACCUGAAGUGGUUUGGAGUUGAGAGUGAUUACAACAUUAUGGUGAUUGAUCUUCUGGGGCCAAGUUUGGAAGAUUUAUUUAACUACUGUAAUAGAAAGUUUACAUUGAAAACUGUCUUGAUGCUUGCAGAUCAAUUAAUUAACAGGGUUGAGUACAUGCACUCAAGAGGUUUUCUCCAUCGUGAUAUAAAGCCCGACAACUUCUUAAUGGGACUCGGGCGGAAAGCCAAUCAGGUAUACAUCAUUGACUAUGGCCUCGCAAAGAAGUACAGGGAUCUUCAAACUCAUAAGCAUAUACCAUACAGGGAGAACAAGAACCUCACUGGCACAGCUCGCUAUGCUAGUGUCAACACUCACCUAGGAAUUGAGCAAAGCAGAAGGGAUGAUCUAGAGUCUCUUGGUUAUGUGCUUAUGUAUUUCCUCAGAGGAAGCCUUCCCUGGCAGGGUCUGAAAGCAGGCACAAAGAAGCAAAAGUAUGAUAAAAUCAGUGAAAAAAAGAUGUCCACUCCUAUUGAGGUGCUUUGCAAAUCACAUCCACCUGAGUUUGUAUCUUAUUUCCAUUACUGUCGAUCACUGAGAUUUGAAGACAAACCAGAUUAUUCAUAUUUAAAGCGACUUUUUCGCGACCUAUUCAUACGAGAAGGCUAUCAAUUUGAUUAUGUCUUUGACUGGACUAUACUGAAGUACCCUCAAAUUGGAAGCAGUUCAAGAGGACGACACUCUAGUGGGAAAGCCGCAGCUACUCCAGGACCAUCUGCAGAGAGGCCAGAGAGAAACUCAGUUGGGAAAGAGAUCCGAGAAAGAUUUUCAGGGGCAGUUGAAGCAUUUUCCAGGAGGAAUAUUUCCAGUUCCAGUCCACAUGUUGAUCAUUCUAAACAAAAGGCUCAUGAGGAUGUGCAUCCUGAUUCAGGACGUGGUUCUUCUCGAUAUGGAAGCUCCUCAAGAAGAGCUGUAAUUACAAAUAGCAAGCCUAGUUCUUCCGGUGAUCACAGUGAGGGUCGUCGACUAGUUGCAAGCACUGGACGCCCCUCUACCACUCAGAGACUUCAUUCUUCUUAUGAGACAAAGCCAACCUCAUUUGUUCGAACAUCAACAAGAAGCGGCCGAGAUGAUCCUCUCCGAAGCUUUGAACUUCUAUCAAUCAGGAAGUAACUAAUACUAAUAACAAGAAGGUUUUCAUUAGUUUAUUUGGUAUACGAUGCAUCAGAGGGAUAAAGCCCUCGCCUUCCUUUUUUUAAAAAAAUUCUAGUGUUGGAAGCCUCUGUAAUAUUGGGAAACAGACCAUUCUUGAGAUUUUUCAAUUGAAAAAUGCUCUAUUGAUUUUCCAGGAUUGGGAUUCCUACAUCUUAUCUCUAAAGUUAUAUUUUAUAUUUAAUUAUUUUAGAUUCAUUAAA